AUGACCUCUUUAGCGUCCACCCUCUCCGACCCAACCCUCUUCGUCGAAAAGUCCUACAUUAACGGCCAAUGGGUCUCAUCCACCUCAAACAACACCUUUAACGUCUACAACCCCGCGACAGAGACCCUACUCGGCACAUGCCCCGAGUCGACCACCGACGACAUCACCCUCGCCAUCCGCGCCGCAGCAAGCGCCUUCCCAGCAUGGCGUUCCCAACCCGGGCGUACACGCGGUCGAAUCCUCCGCAAACUAUACGACCUCAUCGUCGCCCACAAGGAAGACAUCGGCAAGAUCAUCACAGCCGAGAAUGGCAAAUCACGAAGUGACGCAGAGGGCGAAGCGCUGUUUGCCGCGGGGUUCUUCGAAUGGUUCGCCGAAGAAGCGCCGCGAAUCUACGGGGACGUUAUCCCCCACAGUAAUGCGAGCGCCCGCAUCCAGGUUACCAAGGAGCCCGUUGGUGUCUGUGGGCUUAUUACACCAUGGAACUUUCCGCUGGCCAUGGGGGCUCGCAAGGUGGCCGCUGCGCUUGCCGCGGGGUGUACGGUUGUGCUCAAGUCUGAUGGGCUUACGCCCUUUUCGUCGAAUGCGCUGGCUGUGCUUGCGGAGCGGGCGGGUGUGCCCAAGGGUGUUUUUAACGUUGUCACUUCCCUUGAGAACACCCCUUCCCUUGGAUUAGCGCUCUGCGAGUCGGAUGUUGUGAAGAAGAUCUCGUUCACCGGGUCCACGCGUGUUGGGAAACUCCUCAUGCGCCAAUCGAGCAGCACGCUGAAGAAGCUUUCUCUCGAGCUCGGCGGCAACGCCCCCUUUAUCGUGUUUGACGACGCAGAUCUGGAGAUCGCCGUCGCCAGCGCGGUGGUGAGUAAAUUCAAGGUGACGGGUCAAACCUGCGUGUGCGCCAACCGCUUCUACGUACAGGAGGGCAUCUACGAGAGAUUCGCACAGCGCCUCGUCGAGGAGGUCCGCAAAUGCCAGGUUGGAAACGGAGUCGAUGCGGCGGUCACACAUGGGCCCCUAACAAACGGAGUCGCAAAAACACAGGAACAUAUUCGGGAUGCGAUGGGCAAGGGGGCGACUGUUCUCCUUGGUGGGAAUACGCUGCCAGCCCUGGGCAGGAACUUCCACGAGCUUACGAUUUUGGGGAACGUGGAUGAUUCGAUGAUGGUUGCUACGGAGGAGACCUUUGGACCCCUUGCGGCGCUGGCAACGUUCAAGACGGAGGACGAGGUCGUACGCCGUGCGAAUAAGUGCGAGGUUGGCUUGGCCUCGUACCUGGUGACGAGUGACUUGGGCAGGGCGCAUCGGGUGUCGGAACGGUUGGAGUAUGGAAUGGUGGCUAUCAACACCGGGGUCAUUUCGGAUUGGGCUGCACCGUUCGGAGGAGUCAAGCACUCGGGGAUGGGCCGCGAGGGCAGCAAGUACGGGAUCGACGACUACGUGAACAUCAAGAUGGUGGUGACGGGGGGGAUCAACACCGUGCAUUCUCCGAAUUUGUAA